AUGGCCGACAACAACGCUACUCUUCCCCAGGAUCCUUCCCAGGUCCAGGGCGCUAUCUUUGCCGAGGAGAAGGGAAAGGGAAAGGCCCCUGCUGAGCAUGAGGACACUGCUAUGGAUGAGGAUGACGAAGAUGACAGCGAUGAUGAUGAUGAUGAGGAGGUCCCCGAAGCUGAUGAGGAAGAUGGCUUGGAGGAGAUUGACCCCAGCAACAUUGUCGAAGGUCGCCGUACUCGAGGUGCCCAAAUUGACUUCGCCAAGGCCGCCGAGCAAGUCCCUGCCGACGACGAGGAUGAGGAAGACGAUGAAGACUUCCAGCCCCCCAACGAGGACACCAAGAUGUCUGACUAA